AUGCGUGAGCUCAUCACAUUCGCCUGUGGUCAGGCAGGUAACCAGAUCUCUUCGGCCUUUUGGCAAUGCAUCCUCAACGAGCACGGUCUUGAUGGCGACGGCCGAUACAUUGGCGAUAAUGAAGCCGAGCAACUCUGCAAGGUCGGCGUCUUCUUUGAGCCGUCUGGCCAGGAAGGCAAGUAUGUCCCUCGUUCGAUUCAGGUCGACUUGGAACCGGGAACAAUGGACACGAUCCGCUCUGGUCCACUCGGCAAACUCUUCCGCCCCGACAACUACAUCAACGGUGAAUCCGGAGCCGGCAACAACUUCGCAAAAGGCUACUAUACUGAGGGAGCCGAGUUGCUCGACCAGGUGCUUGAUGUGGCACGUAAGGAAGCUGAGAAAGCUGACAUGCUUCAAGGAUUCCAACUCGUCCACUCGCUCGGUGGUGGUACGGGUUCCGGUUUGGGCACCAACCUUCUGACCAAGCUGCGCGAAGAGUUCCCGGACCGUAUGCUGGCCACGUGGUCGGUCUUGCCCUCUCCCAAGGUGUCGGAUACGGUGGUGGAGCCGUACAAUGCUACGCUGUCGUUCCACCAGCUGGUGGAGAACUCAGAUAUGACCUUCUGUCUGGACAAUGAAGCGCUGUACGACAUCUGCCAGCGCACGCUGCGCACAAAGAAUCCUACGUACUCGGACCUGAACUCGAUCAUCUCGUUUGCCAUGUCUGGAUGCUCGACUACGCUGCGAUUCCCGGGACAGCUGAACUCGGAUUUGCGCAAGAUGGGUGUCAACUUGGUGCCUUUCCCGCGUCUUCACUUUUUCACCACUGGAUUUGCACCGCUGGUUGCGCCUGGAUCGAAAGCGUACCAAUCGCUCAAGACAUCCGAGUUGAUCGCACAGGGGUACGAUCCCAAGAACAUUAUGGCGGCUAUUGAUCCACGUCACGGCAAGUACCUCACCGUCGCUGCGAUCUUCCGAGGCAAAGUCAACGCGAGGGAUGUCGAAAACGAAAUGUACAACUUGCGCGAAAAGAAUCCGGCCGGUUUCGUCGAGUGGAUCCCCAACAACGUGCUCACGAGCCUGUGUGACAUUGCACCACCUCAACUCAAGAUGUCGGCCACUUUCAUCGCCAACACAACGUCGAUCCAAGAAUUGUUCAAGCGAACACACGAUCAAUUCAGUCUCAUGUUCAGGAGGAAGGCGUUCUUGCACUGGUACACGGGCGAGGGUAUGGAUGAGAUGGAGUUUACAGAGGCAGAGUCCAAUUUGAUGGAUCUUAUCGCUGAGUAUCAGCAGUACGAGACGGCUGGCGUAGACGAUCUCGGUGACGAAGAGCUGUAUGAGGGCGAGUACGAGGAACAAGGCCACGAGCACGUAUACGAUCAACAACCCUAUGACGCCCACGAAGAAUCCAUCCAGUAUGCUGAUGAACAAUGA